UCUUGGGGAGGGCAGGCUGCUGUGGCGUUGGCGCUGGAGAAGGAGCUGCAGCCGCCGCCUUCUUGGACUCGGAAUCGGGAGGCCUUGUGGGAUCUGUAGUCCCGCUGCCUCGGGCCCGCCGGGGGAAGGAGGAGGCGGAGGAGGAGGCAGGCACACCGCGCAGACCAUGCCCGGGUUCACGUGCUGCGUGCCAGGCUGCUACAACAACUCGCACCGGGACAAGGCGCUCCACUUCUACACGUUCCCGAAGGACGCGGAGCUGCGCCGCCUGUGGCUGAAGAAUGAUGUCAAGCCGAUCGACCUGACGGUGCAGGUGGAACUCGGGGGCCCCGGGGCCAUGGUGGGGGCCCCUGUGCACCUGGCGUUCCUGGCAGACAACGGGCCCCUGGUGGACAGCCCCCCGGAUCAUUCCUACUCCCUCUCGUCGGGCACCACGUCGGAGGAGCUGCUGCGCAAGCUGAACGAGCAACGGGACAUCAUCGCCCUGCUGGAAGUCAAGAUGAAGGAGAUGAAGGGCAGCAUCCGGCGCCUCCGCCUGGCCGAGGCCCAGCUGCGCGAGGAGAUCAGGGAGAAGGACCGCUUGCUGCAUGCCGCCAGCAUGGCUGGGGGGGCCCGCAAGCGCCAUGGCCUCUGAGGCGCACCCACCCGCCCCCCUCCUGGGGUUGGCUGCUGGCUCCUCAGUUGCCACGAAUGUGCCGGACGGGGGAUCUUGCGCUGGGCAAAAAAACUUGCAGGGGGAAAGCAGUUGUCAAGACAAAUGGUGCUCCAGCACAGCUGCCCAAAUGACAUUUUUAGCCCUGUUUAGGCAGCUCUACCCUGCCGCGGGUGAGUGACCAGUUCUGAGCCCCUGGUUCUCUGCUUCCAAAGCUCAGGCUUCUUUGUGUGAGCCGGCCUGGAUUUAAUUAACAGGACCUAAACACGUGUCCUUAACAUUUAUCCCACUGAGAACUAUCCACUGAGACUCUGCUGCAAUACUUUUAAAAAGACGACCUGGGUUUCUGGGCUUACGCUGUACUCCUUGUAUUAGAUACUGUUCCAAGCAUGGUGGCAAGUCCAUAGCUGCUGUGGUACUCUGGGGGAUGCUGACUCGGUUGGAACGAGUCUCUUUUUAGCAUUACCCUAGUAAAGCUAGACCGUGAGCUCCUGCCACCUGCAGCCAAAUCACAUGUUGUACAAAGCUAAUUUUGAGGAAAGAACUAAUUACUUUCUAGACAGGCACACUUGAGUUGUAAUCAUUUAUACUGGAGUAGAUAAAGAUGGCCAGGGCACUGUGUCACAGCGUUGUACCAGGAUUAUUCUGAAGUAAAUGUCAUGUUAAAAAUCACAGCCAUCAGUGCAUUUAUCUUUCCUUAUUAUGAAAGGGAGUUGUAGGUAUUUCUUCUCCCCUUGCCCCCCCCCAAAACCUUUUGAUGCAGAGUGUGCCAUUUCUAUUGCCGAAAUGAAUCCUUAAUAUUUAAAGAGGAUAUCAGGAUGUCUGUUAUCUCCGCAUUGCUGUUGGAGUUACUGUUGUGCUUCUAUUCCUCUUUCAGAGCUGACAAGGCUGUUGUGGCUUUCCCAUCAUUUCAUGAACCAUGUCCUUCUGGGCAUGCAAACGUUGCUUGCUUCAGUUUACAACAAAUGGAUUUUCCCCUGGAAAACCUGUAAGGAGCAGUAUCCUUCCUUUUCCUUUAUACUUUUCUGGGGUACAGUCUCCCUCACAUAAGAGGAAUGAGGUUAACUACCCAUGAUUAUGCACACCUUUCUACUUCAGAAUCAUCAAUAUUUGCUCAAGACUUGAAAAAAAAUACCAUGCAUAUAGAUUGAUAAGUGAGCUUGAGAGGAACGGGUACAUAGUUCAAGUCCUAAACAGUUUUUUCACCCUGACGUUCUCCAGAUGCAUUGAACUACAACUCCUAUAAUCUCUAAUCAUGACAUCGUAUAGGUUUAGGUUGUAGUCUGGUACAACUUCAAUUGGGGAAGUCAGUGCUCAGCUUAUAUCUCUGUGAAACUGUUGCCAUUUGUCUUAAAAGAUGUGUGAGGAUGAAAGAGGACUUACUUUUGUCACAAAGUUAUGUCAAUUUCUCUGCAUCCAUCCAUAUAGAUAUGUAGUUGCCUCUCUUUAGAAUAUAUUUCAAAUAUGAACCACAGCACAUUGACUUUUCAGCUCUUUAGGGGAUACUCAGACUUUUGUUUAAAUUAAAAGGAAGGAAACAGUAAAAUAUAGGUUGAGGGUGGGGUUUUUUUUAAGUUGUCACAUCUUUUUGCGUUAUCUUAUUAAUAAGCACACUGACUUUUGCAUUUCCAGGCUUAAACAUUUAUUUUGUUGGAGCUGCUGUGACUUGCUGAAAUUGAUGAGGAUCAGAAUGGCCAGCUGUCCAAUUUUUAAAAAAAUUUGGUUACAGUAUUUUUUUAUUUUUUUUUAAUAUCAAUAUCAGUAGAAACCACAGGCAUAUGUAUUGGUUAUAUAUGUUGUACAUGUCAACAACAAUGAAAGUAAAAUAAUUUUAAAAGCUUGAAAGCAUACUAUGAUGAAAGUGUAUGUUUAACAUGAUUAUUCUUUCUCCCUUUUAUACUAUGUCAUAAGACCCAUCUAAUUCUUUCAUUCUUCUGCAGUUGGUGUAAAUGACUGUAUAGGAUAUGACAGUAGAAAUUAGGAUUUACAUUCAUUGGGGUUAUAUGAAUUCUCUGCUGUAGUCAGUGAGAAAUUAUUUCCAGUUCUUUUGACUAGAAGUUCCAAGAACAAUGUCCAUCGUUUGCUAUUAUUUUUGGAUUUAAUUGCUAACUCCAAAUGUAGAUUUCAGUGCUGCCCUGUGCUUCUGAUACAGGAAAGGAAACUGCAGAUAUCUUUGCUAUUGAGUGUUGCAUUUAGGUCAGGUUUGAGCACACACCUUUUGUUUUGCUCAUAUUCAUCUUUUAGGAUCUUGGGCAAUACAUCGGUUUUCUCUCUCUGUAAAUAAAUGCCUGUGCAUUCUAGCUGGCUGAGAGUGUUUUGAAGGUGUGUGUUGUGACCAUUGUGGUACUUUUCUACCAUCAUUAUGCACUAAAACAUGUUCAGUUGAUUGGAUUGCUGAACUGGUUAUCUAUGUUGGACUGUUCUAUUUUCCUGGUUAUCCUGAGGUGCUAACAAAU